AUGGGCGAAUUUGCAAGGCGCGUUCUAGGCUAUCCAGUAAUCAAUGGCACCGUGAACAUGUUUGGUGGCGCGCUUAAGUGGUUGCUUGGGGCCGACCGAUACAACACAUGGUUCAGUUUUGGACAACAAGCAGCGACUCUGGUGAAGGACAGUACCGUGUCCGUUGCAGGCAACGGUAAGUUCGGGGUUUUAUUUUUAGUUAGUGCAUACAUGAUUACCUGUUUUGACUGAAAAUCACAGUUUUAGCUUAUCUUUCUUUGAUAUCUAAACGUUUUACCGAUUUUGCGGUUUUAUGACUUGUCUUUGCUAAAUAGUGCAUAUGGGAAGACCCAGAGAAAAGCCACAACAAGUAAGAGCAAGUCAACAUGACAAUGCUUUUGAUUUCGACUCGCCCUCUCUUCUCAUAUCCCUUCUUUUAUUUUUCCGUGUUCGCUACACGUCAGAAUUAUGUCUUGAAGUUCCACGUUUUACAGUCUUAGAAGUUCUCCUAAGCAAGAAGGUGCCGCCGAGGUUCUUCUGUCUGAAUUGUUAGUCGGCCAAACCUGAUGCCAAACUGGACACAUAGUCGCCUUUGAUAUCAGCCGUGGCUAGUUUAUUUCGUUUUUUUCUGUGUAAAAGUUCACGCUUCCCACAAGAUUUGGGUCCAGGAUUCCAUAUAGAACAAGAUGGCUUUUCAAUUUAUUCCUUUCCUACAUUGGACUCCCGGCUUUGACAACCCUAGCCCCUUCAGCCUCUCGUAAUUUACAACCUCGGUUACGAAGGCCGGUUUUCGGGUUUGGGUUACCAAAGUGCUGGAGAGUCAUUUUCAAGAGUUUUCACAACUACAUGAUGCAAAGGAAUACAGAGUUAACUGUGGAACUUUUGUUCAUUAUAUUAAACGGAAAAUGAGGGCGAGGACGCUUACAGGGGGUUUUUAUGAUCACUGCAGAAUUUCCAUAGCGAUUACAGGUAAGCAUUUCAGCACUCUUAUACAACACAAAAUUCCCCUCUUGUCAUAUCCGGAGUGGGUACCGGUGGACAUCGCAAUUAUUGCCAAAAAUAUGGUAGGUGGGGAGACUUUAUUGUUUUGCCACUGGCUUGUACGCGCAGAGAAUAGGGCGCAUCUAAUGAUAGCUAAUCUGGAUGAGUCCUCCAUUUCGCUUCAGUGGUAUUUUAAAAAUGUUGCGGAAGAUCGCAAUAUUUUCUGGUGACGGGGAUGUGAGGGAAAAGGAAGGCCUAAAAGUGAGGUUGACCCUCUCGUCCAUAAGAAAUAUAAAAUCCUUAUGGACGAAAUUCACGCUCAUAAUUAAGUCCAACAAUUUUUCUUUGUUAGCGAACCUUUAAUACCUGACUAGACAGCCGACUGACUGUAGUAUAGCUUUCGAUAUGCUUCCCCGAAAAGUUCUGUGAUUGAUUUCCUGGCUUUCUAAGGUUUUAUUAUGUAAACUUUCUUUUUGGUAUCCUUCCACACCGGCAUGUCUAUACUGACUACCAGAAGCUGCCCCGUUUGACUUACGCACAUUCAGCCGCUGGUUUAAAGUAAGAACACGACUCUUCCUUGCUUUGACGUAAUUCAACUAAUAUAUUUUCUCAGGGCUCAAGGUUGUAGCAGAAUCGCACAUCUAACUUUGAAACGUCGUUUUACCUUUAGCUACCGUGGAUCGUCUUGACACCAUUGCCUGUCGACAAAUUCUGGACCGCCUGGAGUCGUUAGUGCCGCAGGUGAAUCAAUCACCCGAAGAAGCUUUUGCACCACUCGUUGAGCGGGCAAUAAGUUUGGCUGAAUGCUUUUUAACCUACUUUGUUCGCUCAUCAGAACUGGUAAGCGCCGUCUGCAAAUGAUGUAAUAAUGAGCUCACCUAUAUCAUAUUUUGUCUUCUUUUCCUUAACAACAGUUUUCAACGAUUUUCUCACAAACCUGUUUGUCUUCACUUUCCCAGAGGUCGUUUCAGAAAAGUAUUAACCUGCCUUGAACAUCAUCAAUCAGUAUGUUGAUUAGGGACCUCCAGAGAAGCAAACAAUAUUUUUUUGGAAAUCACACGUCUGUGUACAAAUUUUUAUUAAAUCUUGGGCAGUUUUUCAAAAGAAGCUCAGCGGUGUUUCUGGGGCCUUUUUUAAAUGCCAUUAAUGGUUUUAGUGACGUCUAGCAAACACAGGCUUGCUUUCCGCCAUUUCCUUCCUCUUUUGGGCAGCUCAAGAAUAUGAAUCAUGAGUGUUUGGCUCGAUGACUACGGUGACCACCUGCCACUAGCCAUAUUCCACUUACAAAUCCGAAAAAUCUCAUUCAGAGCGGUUCCCCUUUUCCAGACAUAAAUUUGGCACUAGACUUAGUGCUACCGAAGAGUUCCCGUUUCACUUUCUUUUUGGCUCUACUAGGGUUAAAAUGUCGCAGGUUUUCUACGGUUAUGUAGUCGAAUUGAAACCAUUGAGGACCAACUGAAGACACUGUAUAAAGCCCCACUUUUAUUCUAACAUUAACUGUGCGUUCUUAGUGGGGCAAGAUCGGACUUUUUGGCCACUGAAUAUGUUUGCCUAAUGACGAUUGCUGCAAUCUAACUUUUCGGAAGUCAGGGGAGACUCAUGCGCCUUAAUUACUCAUUCAUGGUGGAUUUUGAAUGUAGGUAAGGGCCAAAUUAUGGUUAUGGUGAUUAAGGACCCCGUUAUUAGAUUGGAUGGACGCUUUCGUCUUGCGCACGUUGGUUGACAACAUCAAUUUGUAUAGCUACCUACCGAUAUAAUAGGUUUUGGUGAUGUCUGUCAAAGUAAAUUCUCUAAGUCCCUGCUGAGGUCUCAACUGUCCAUACUAUCGCGAUCAAGCAUAAAAUUAUUUGCGAAGACUAAUAUUUUUACAAUUGCUUCAUCGCGAGCGUAUUUUGAAAUCUAAUCGUAAACUUGAGCCUACAUACUAUGAUAGUUUUUGUUCUUUACAAGUAGGUAAGACUUGUGGGCGCUGGGGUUCGACCAAUUUUUGCCCAGCGAAUUCAAUUUCAAAGAUGUGUUGCGCAGUCUUUUAUGCCUUAAGGCCCUCUCCAUAUCCAUCAUGCUUGUAGUGGCACCACCUCAUCAAAAUUUUGUUUGGGCCCGCCUAAUUAACACUAUCGAGUGAUUCUUAUCGUGUCCGCUUAGUGGUGCUUUCAAUUUGUGGAUGUUCCUGAAAUCUCGAUAGCUCUCUUUAGAUUGCUAUGUUUUGUCCGGUCGAUAGUCGCGCACAUGGUCUUUUCCACUCAUUCCUUUCCAACCUUUCACGUAUCCCGGCAAAAUAAAGGUGUAGCACUUUUAUUAACUACCAACUCGCGAGUCGUCCAUGUAGUCUGAAGUCGUGUAGCGAGAGGAGGCUAUAAAGGACUCAUGAGUGCUGAAGCAGGCAGAAUUUGUCAACGUCAUGAAUUGUAUGACCACUCGCUCACCUGCGACAAUGUAGUUCCAGUUGUGCCCUACGAGUUUUCGUUGCAGUCACGUAUUUUACCUUUACCCCCUUCGCGCCAGGUCUGACUAAAAUUCGCCGGCGCCCAUGUAUCCAUCCAAACUAUUUUCUGAUUGAGCAGCGCAUUAGCUGCCCACAGUUUAAAGAGAGAUCGGACGUUUAUUACUUCGUUAAAUUCUACAUUUUCGCCUCUGGUUUGUCUAAAUUUAUCCCUGGAUAUCAAUAUUUUGAACUCGCAAGCGACACCCCUGUUUGACUUACGAGGUAAGGCAGUGAUCUUCCGAAUCCGUUUUUGCCAGAUUUUGUGGUUAUUAUGUCAUUCUAUCCCCCGUGAAACAUUGUCAGUAAAAAAUAAGCCGUAUUUUUGUCGGUGAUUCACAAAGCAUCAUGCUGCGGGAGUUGGCGAUUCAUUGUUAAUUUUCAUUAAGGUAGUGGUUUAGUUCCGUGUGGCAAAACUGCUCAAGCAAGUCUGGUGCCAGUAAUAGUCUUCUACUUUCUAACUUAUGUGAAAAAGUUGACGACUUUCUUUUUGUCGUCGUCGAAUGCCAGGGCGUGACCAACUAGCAGGUUACGUUACUGGUUUAGGGCACGAAGGCGCGACCUUCCGUUGAAUUACUUGUUGCAGUAAUACUUAGGAUCGGUCAUUGCAGGCAACUGUUUUGUCCUCGUUCGUCCUCCGCCCUUGACCUUAUAUCUAACACAGGGUGGGGAGAUUUGUUUCGGUCUUCUGUGCCUAUGUCACCGAUGCUAUUUCAUCUUCUUCCGUCACAUUUCACUCGAGUCUGAUUUUCGAAGCACGGGUGAUUAAGAAUCCUUGAUUUCUGUAUCUCCUCCACCAACAGCGCCGACAUCUUAAAAUAAACAGUUGGCUUUAGAGAUCCCUUUAAACACUGUGUUGCACUUUAAGUGGGUAUGUCAGAGUGCCCAGUAACGACAACUUAACUUCCUAACGCCAUUCCUACCUGCUGUAACGAAAAUACACAUUCUCGGGCAUAACUCGGAAGGAGAGGCGAUUUCAGGAGCCGUGCGGGACGUUUUGAAAACUCACAAGCACUCCCCAUUUGUAGUAUCUCUACAGUGCCUUAUUGGCCCUGACCAUGCCGGCACAUCUUUGAUCCCGGUGUUGGGGGCGGGGUGGGGAGAGAAGAUAAGAGGCGAGUGGUUAUCCUGGCGAUGGCUGCUCCCUUACGCUUCUUUUGGGGUCGACAUCAGGUGGCAUUUGUAGUCAUUCGCUAAUAACUUCUUAAGUUGUUUACCGGCUCUAUGCACAAAACAGCCUUGGGGUUUUCAACUUUUUCAUUUCCUAAGAAAUUAAUGCCCUAACUUUGGGUAAAUCACUCAGAAUGAAAAGUUAUGGGCUCAGUCCAAAAGUCCAUAUAAAUAUUUGAACUAAAAUUUAUCAACUUCAACGGGGUAGCCGCGUAAAUUUGCAAACUGCCAACAUCCAACCAGUAGUAUGCACAUGUUCCAUGAUUUAUCACACUGCCAGCACAGGAGUGUUCAUCAUGUAACACAAGGGAAACACUGGUGAACCGAACUCAGCAGCUGCGUCAUGCAGCGGCAGGAUGCCGACGAAACACGUGUCUGAGCUUUUAGCUAAUAGCCGUGCUGUCACUAUGGCAAAUAAUGCAACAUAUGUAAAUUUUGAGUUUAAACUGAACAUCGGCAUCAGGAAAAUUUCUAUCGUGUUCACCACGAGAUGUUUUAAAUACAGUAUAAGGCCUAGCUGAGUGAUUAAGGAAGAGGCUUCCCUCGGCAGUUAUGCAAACAGGCAACCAUACCUGACCAUCUCCAGCUAUUCUCAACAAUGUUUGAGAUUUUGCUGGCUUUGACGCUUAGCACGUCAUUGGACAGUAGGAACUUGCGGUUUCACCAAACUCAAUGUCAGUAGUACUUGCUUCCAUUGUCCGUCUGCCUUCAGCAGGUCUAAUAGUAUACCCAUUACUGAGAUUGGGAAUGUCUGUGUGUGGGUGACAUUCCGCCAAAUUUCCCGGUGGAAGGCUGGUAUGGAGUUAAGUCUCAAAUUAACCGAAAAAAUCUACCACUAUUGCCUCAAUAUCGUGAGGUUUAGUCAGCGUGCGGCCAGCACCCUUCGAUUUUUUAGAAUGUCAUCUCCAGUUAUUAUCAUUUUUUUCCAAAAAACUACUACAGAGCCCGUUCCCGGAAGCCAGUGCCACCAUUUCCUCUUUCGGUUAAUCCUAGAGGUAGUGUCGGUCUUUUGAUAAUAUGACUUGACUGCGUCAGUGAAGUUUGUUGAAAUCAGUGCUGUUCCACGUCAUAUUUUAUGAUAUUUUAUGCACUUGGGUGGCCGUUUGUCUGUUGAUAGACCACUUGCGUCACUGGUCCGCCACCGAGCCACGCUGACCGCCUGGCCCGUCUGCACUCCACGGUCAUGAACAUGCAGGCCGUAAGGUCGGCUCUGUCGACCAGCUCGUCAGUCUACCGGAAAAUGCAGGAGUAUCUUACUACGCUGCUCACCCUUGCACACCGCUCUCCGGUUGAGGAAGAAUCUAACCCGACGAUUACUUCUGGUGCCGUUUCUCCCGAAAGUGCUACCGACGUUCUCUCACAUCUCCUUUCGCAGUACCAAUCGGCUGCAGUAGUGGCAUUCCCAAAGUUCCACAAUUUCAUCGACGGGUCGAUUUCCCAGGCUCAACAGCUUAUCACGGAAAUUCGUCAAGUACGUUUGGUGUGCCUGCUUUCUUCCUCUGCCUCCUGUCUUCCUGUAGAUUCUCUAGCGACCUGUUUUACAACGUAAAUCUUAUUCGACGAGUCAUUUGCACGUAAGGUAUGGUGCGAUACUGCGAAGAGUUCUCGUAGUAGCCCUUUACAGGCUUCUGUGAUUGGACUCGUAGCUCAAGCGCAGUGUCCCACGCUAAACAGGUUCGCGAACUUACUUCCUCCAUCAAUUUGUAGUCACUCUGGCAUUCUACUUGACUUAAAGACGAACCCCAUAUCAUAAGAGGGAGAGAGAUUGGAAAAUACAGAAGCUGGACUGUGUGUUUUCGACUUGGUAGCAGCAAACGGUCAGUCCCCCGAAAUCAACAGUCGCUUCGUCUGCGGUGUAAAUGAGGUUCUUAGCAUGGCCGAGAUGUGGUUAAGUGAAAACCCAACAUUUUUUCCGGGGGCGAUAUUACUCCUUAUGUCUACCUCGUUGCGGAUUACGAAGGUUUUCGAGCGCAUCUCUUUGAUCAUCCCGACCUCAAAAUCAGUGGCUCAUAACAGUAGCGCGCUGUCUGCCCGUCUGCGCUCCUCGUCCUCGCACCCCCAGCGUGAAGCAGUUGAUCCGAACUCUCAUCUAUUGCCCCUCCAGCACACGGACCGCAUUGCGCCUAGCCAUUUCGUCGGAGAACUGUUCGAAAUUCUUUCAAAAAAGAACCUAUUCUUUCAUUAAUGCAAACUCCAAAUGCCCAUUAUCGCAGUUUCUGUACAUUGCCUCACACGGUUAGACUUCUCACACAGGCUUUCGUCAAUCUUUUUGGAUACGCGGCACAGAUUCCUGAACUAGAUUGGACCAUCAGCAGUUUGUCGUGUGGAUUUUUCAUAGUUCCAGGUAAUAUGCAGUAGAUAUGCUAUCAAAUGAGUUAAGAGUGAAUAUUUCUGUGCUUGUUUUCCAUAUAAUAUGUUUGAAUUUACAGGGACAUCGAAGAUCAAUGGGAAAAAGGCAUCCUGCUUAAGUACCCAUUUCUUCAAUUUUCCCACUCGAAGAGGGAGUAUCUUUCGGCUUUUCAAAACUCUUUUAUUCCCGAAUAAUUCUCUGCCCCAUCCUCCGUUACAUUGGUAUUCAGGGUUUAUUAACUACAUGCUGCAUACAUCCCGUCAAGGGAAUACCGCACAUUUCUCCAAGUUGUUAGGUAGACGUCAUAUAGCACCUACCAAAUUGUACAAUGGGUGUGGACGAGGUUGUAUACUUUAUGGCAGUUUGACCGUCGAAUCCGACGAUGUCCACCGUGUGCUCUGCAGUAGAUUGGGAGCAGGGAUGGUGACUUGCGCGAGAAUUGGUUUAUAGCGAUGACAGACUUUCGCAGCAUCUUCCGCACUCUCUCCUCUUCCACCUGAGCCCGUUGUCAAGACAUAGUCAAUAAGACCGGAGGUAAGAAAGGGCGCAUGUGGCUGGCACGGCGAAACUUGCACCUGAAAGUUCGACCGUCGGUUUCGACGAUGUCCGUCGGUCAAACUCGCACCUCCUGGUCCACAACAAACACUUGACCAGCGUUUUACACACAGCAAUAAUAGGAUGAGGCGGCUCGGAUCCCACUAGGUGGGAGUGCCAUAGAGGCCACAUUAAGAAGGAACCAUUGCAGCCUGGCCCUCAGCCCACCGGUCCGCCGCUACACAAGCACACUGGGCUGACGGCGAGAUGCGAAUUAUUUCUUCAGUUGGCAACCUUUCAAGCCACGACGCUUAGCCCACCGUGGUAGUUGUAUAUUUUAUAAUUAACACUAAGAAACGUGAUGAUGCGAUGCUGUAUAAAUGGACAUUUCACGGUCCUUUUUAAAACCGAAAGAUACUCCCUCUUCAAGUAAAAAAUGUGGGAAAACGAAUUUUGCUACCAAAUUGGUACAAGAAAUAGCAUUUUUAUGCGCGUCCCCUAUAAAUUAUAAUAGAAGUCAUAGGGGGCAUUGAAAAUCAAUGGGAGAAACCAUAAUACAUAAUUAAUCAUUUUUACAGGAUGGUUUUUGCAGACGGCCGCAAAGAAGCUCAUUUAAAAACCGGCAUCCUGGUGUGUCUGAAAUAUCUUUGAAUUACGCUGCACGAUAAGUAAUGUUACAACCCUACUUGAGUAAUCUUUCCCAUUCUAAAACAUCUCCCAGAAUUUCGGUUAACGCUUCAUGAGAUAGCACAUCUACUAUAGUUUUGGUAUAAGUCAUCUCGUCGACCGAAAUUCCGUUUUAGGCGUUUUCGCACAGUAAUUCGGCCUUACCGCUGGCCUACCACCUAUGUGGACUUUAUGAUACUUACGGUUAUAGCCGGUACGUGAACUCGGCAUCACAAACGUGAAAGUAUGGUAAAGAUACUAGGAAAUAUACCACAUAAACGACAGCUCAUUGUUCUUUUCGCCCUCAUAGCAAUGCGAGCACCUGUCGCCUGCACACUCAGUCACCAUUGCACUUUCCACUUCAAUCCCAUAAGCAGCGUUCCUUAGUCUUUAUUUUCUCAUUCAGAAAACGGCAAUAUACUAAUUCUCCCAGUUGAGGAGAGAGUAGAGCUACAGGGACGACCCAUAAACUCUCCACUUGAGGACCACCAUGGCACGUUCUGCAAACCAAGAAAAACCACACUUUGGGCCUUCGGUGGGUAGAACUGCCGUAUUUUUGGUGGUCUCUAUUUUUGCCAACUCAGAUACUUGACUUACUGGAAGAUUAUGAAAGACUCUGAAAGAUGCAAUUCCCGAAAUCAUUUGCUUCGAAAUGAGAAUAUGUUAGUACGAGACCAAGCGGUCGGCAGUUUCACCACAUCCUGCUACCCGCUCAGGCCACGUGGACACGUCGUAUCCUCAACUUUCCAACUAAGCAAUCCUCUUGGAUGCGAAAUGUUCCUCUUUUUCAUUGCCCACAUUUCUUUCUGUGAAUGUGUCGCCCUCUUUACUUUCCCUCUCGUCCCUCAGACUGGUCCGACGGAAUUCGUUGUAGAGCAGUUGGGUGCUCUCACGCGCGGCCUCCACAACACUCUCAUCUGUCUAAACACCAGCCGGACUGCCUGGAUCCAGAGCCUGAUGUCUCAAAGCAGCGAGGGGGCAGGACAAGGGUCUCCUGCAGAACUGUCAUCGGCACCUACGCAGGUACUUGGAGCCACACAUUGUUCUAAAUCAGUUUAUUUACGCAAACACUAGUUCGAUAUCGCCACGCAGACCUCCUAUCGUGGAGUUUGUUUAAAGCUGAUUGUCAUAGACGCUUGAGUGUUUUGAGAUAGUAAGACACCUAACCGAGAUUAAUAAAUACGCUAUCCUCAAGAGUCGACAGGCCUAAUCACUUGGACAUUCUUCAUUACAUGAAAUAAUCAUUAUCACGUGGGGGGGAUACCUUUCAACGGCACAUCCAUUCUCGUGUGACUGCGUGUUUCCGAUAGCAGCCGACAAAACGUGAGUCCAUUACCCAGUUUGUAAAACGUUGGGCUGCAUGGCCAAAGGACUCAUGUUCAUAUCCCAGGACUCCCAGUUUUUUGGUUUGGCGUAUGACCCGCUGAUAACGUAAAUUAGGUCAGAAGCCGCUACUCCAGUCACUGUAGCCUUUGUUGGAAACGCUUCUCUAAAUUCCUUACAUUAGAGUGUGGCAUGGGAUUCGAAAGUAAAAAUACGGCUUUCUACAUGGUGGCAACUCCGAUUUGGAAAUGAAUUAUGUUGUCUCCGACUUUAUUAUUAUUUAUGAUGGGUGGCAGCCAAGCCUCCAUAGAAGAGUUGCCGGGGUCCGUGUUCGACUGAGAUAAUCUAGUUGUUUCUUAGAGUGCUUGAAUCGGCGCUCCUGACAUUUAAGCGCGUGGAGACUGCUCUCCACUUGUUUCAUGAAGGAUUUCCUCUACCGGAUGGUUUUGUAUCGGUCUUCUGGAUGUCUCGCAAAUGAAUGUGACUGUCAUUGGCGUGAAGCACAUCUCACGCACUUCUUUUCUCGGCCAAUACUUCCCAUCAGUACUGAUUCUCAAAAAAACUAUCCUUGAUGCCGUAGAAUCUUUUGCACUGCGUGUGCCCGUGGGCUGUUUGUGAGGUGUCAAAUCUUCGAAAAACUGAGUUGCUUACCUUACCACUCUUGUCAUGUAACAAUACGCUACCUUCCGCCAUAAUCGACUAGUAAUCCACAUAGGGAUGAAUCGAUGACUGAAAUCCCCUAGAGCUGCCCUAUUAAGGCUCUCUGUGACCUUGGAUCCUCGAGAAAUUUGACGUGCCUGGUCAAUUUCACGGCUGGCGUAGUACUCGUAUUCCUCCAAACUGAGACUCAUCCGAAUUCAUAGGUGAAUUCAUGUGAUUAAACUCGCGUGGUCCGACGGGGCCUCGUAGCUCAAGUUGUUAGUGUUGACUGUACUAAAGCCUUCCCCUUACUGCGUGGAUUCGAAUCCCACGGAGGCGCUGAGUUUUUCACUGUUGGGUCAGUAUGAACUCAUCCGAAUGUCACUACUCUAACGGAAUUAACUUUUAUCUUUACUAAUCACCUUUUGAGUCGUUUUGGUGCCCACAAAAGUGAUAUCACAUGGUGCUCGGUGUUAGUGCUAACAUUCCUAAUCUUUUUUGACCUCUUAUCUAUGUGACACCUCCCACAUAUCUAUACAUUUCGUCUGAGGAACGGCUGAUUCAUACAUGUUGAAAAUUUACAAAUACGCACCGGUAUCGAAAGGACUCCAAAAGAAGAGAGACAUGUGGGUUUAAUGUUCUCAUAGUCUGUAAUAAUAAAAAUCGUUCGUAGUCAUUAGAUAAUGUAGACUAUCUCAAAUACUUGACAUAUUAUCAGAUAACCUUCCGAGUUCAUACCAUUGAAAACUAAAAAUCCCAACACCUCUGUCUACAGUUCUUCUCAAAAGUGACAUACGCGUCCUGAAUUCUAAUGCGCGCGGUUCUUCUGUAUCUGUGAGCUGGACGAUAAGCCGUGAAAAUAUGACUUAAAGGGUAUAGAUUUUGGCCGAACUGUAUAGCGUGAUGCGAUGUCGGCCUAGCACAGCCAGAAGUUAUUGUCCAGCUGCUGUUCAGACAAACCUCCAUAUUAGUACACUUCUUCCAUGACUGAUUGCUCACCAUUCACCAUCGUUCUCGGGUGGGUGUUUUCCUUUUCAAAUACUGACCAGACAUCCGGGGAUGCAACUUGGAGGGCUUCUUGUUUUGAAUGACGCUUAAUAGUCGCUUUUGGUACUUUGAAUUGCUGCCGAUAGCCUACCAAUGGGACAAGGUGAUAUGCUCCACUGAAGUCCUUGUCAGGCCAUUUCCGUCAUUACGACUAUCCUGUUAUGUUUCUGUUCUUAGAAACUUUAAAUCACGCGAGUUUUCUUGUUUUAUUCAGACACUGUUUUUUGAUACUUUUCGGGCACAAUAUGAUUCCAUUUUGGCUAACGUUAGGAGACUUGAUCUUAUGAAAUCUCAUUCAUCAUAGUCACCCUUACAAGCACCACAAACUCCCUGCUCGCCUUCAUUUUUAUGCCCACGCUAAUUCUCUGAUCAAUUGAUUAUUCUGCAAUCGAUUUUUAGUUCACUUCCGCGAAGACGAGAUUCUGAGAAUGUUGAACCUGCAAACGUCUAGACCGAGCUGUGAUUCCAAAUAGAACAUGAGUAGUUGGAACUCUUCGUCGUUGCCCUGCCGCCAGCAUAUUUUGCAUAGCUAAGGUUUGACUACCACUCUCGAAACUUUGUCAGCGGCCGUCACUGUCCUCCUUUGCCGCGACGGCGGUCUCGGUCGCGUUGCCAAGAUCAAGUAGCAGUUCGAGUGGAGGUAGUAGGGCAGUGACAGGGAUUAUUAUAACUGCGAGAAACGUGUCACAUCAACACCCACCGCAUGUUGGCCUCGAUCUACGUUGAACUACCCCCCACAGUAGGGUCGAUACAAAGAACGAAGUCUUUUUUGGCAGCCAGUGCCUAGCUCUACAUGUUCCCAAGAUUUCGCCUCUUGCGUCUGCUCAUCCUGCUUGUUGCCCCACCGGUCCACCACACGCUCAGCCUCCAUCCUUUCCGUCGGCCACUUUGUUAUUUCAGCCUGAAAGCCUCUUAUUGUUAGAGAUAGAAAAAAUCCCUGUCCGAACAUAAAGGACCCUAGAAAUCGUGUUUUUGUUACUUUCGCGUGUGGAAAAAAACAGGUUUCCAUCGCCGGAGCAUGCAGUAACAUCACAUUUCACAGCAUUUAAUGGCGUUAAUGGCAAAUUCCUGGUCAGGACUUCGUAGUAGCAGGGGUGGAAAUGUGUUCCCAGCGGUUCCCAUCAUCCCGGCAUGACGCUUCAACUGCGCCAGCUCGUCUUCCGACGAUGGAUGCACCAAGAAGGCAGGCAUGAAGUCUUUUGUUAAAAUCAGGACUGCGUGAUUUUCCCCGAUCUUCUCUCUGCUUUCAUAGCACACUGUGUCUGUUAUCAAAGGUUUUGGAAAAUCAUGUUUAACUCUGUUUUUCGGCUUGAUAUACUCCGCAGUGUCACGCCUGCUGCAUUCCUGGUUCGCUCCGUAAGUAACGAACACUUACAGGUAUUUUGGAAUCCUACGAUGUCUGGGCAUGUUUUCCUCAUUUUUCAUCAUUCCCCAAUCGUCACUGCCCACAGAUGCUGUAUGUGGUAUUAUACCUACUGAAGCAAUAGUUGACUUUCAGGUGAAGUACUUUCAACGCGGACAAUUUCGUAUCUAGUUGCUAGGAGAUCUAAAAGUGCUACACCGUUGUAUACUUUUUAAACAAGGCAAAUCGACGAAAUAUGCGGAAUUUAUUGAUGCAGAAUUUUCCAAUUUUUUUAUUUAUUUUUCGCAAAAUUUUCUAUACAAGCCCAAAAAUUUUGCCGCACUUGCGCAUCAAUUUCAGGUUCACAAUACCUUAAGAUAAGGGCUUAUUAACCAUUAAUAGACAUACGCCCCUACUUUACCUAAAGCAAAACUUUUACUAAAUGCACAGGCAGUAGCGUUGGGCCGCCUUCUCCCAUUCUGAGCAGAGCAUUGAUUCCAAAUUAAGCGAGUUUUCAGAAGAAGAAUAACGAGAAGAAAUACUCCUAUAAUUUAUUUCUAACCGUGCACAGACUUGCCGUAUACCAUACAGCAGCAUGUAAUGCAAGUACACGCAUGAUUGGUGUCAUUUUACUGCAUGUCAUUAGGGCCUUAUUUCGUAAGCCUGCCUCCGGAUGCGGAUGGAAUCCAAGCUGCCAUGUAAUGGCGUAAAUGUGGCAUAACAAUCAUUCUGCCUCGCUCUCAAUCAGUUUAGGUUCGGUGAUCUUCCCGCCUCAGUAACACAACUCCGGUGGCACAACGGGUGCCGAAACAAGUCGUAUUUUUGGUCUUGCGAUGCGUGCUCGGGUCCGCAAUUAGUGUCGACUUUUGGUUCCUGGGUGUUUAUCAUAGCCAUGUAAACCCGCCUGCUUUAAACAAGAUCGACUUUUUUUAGCUGCAUUUGUCUUUUUAGACCACUACAGAGAUUUUGUGCCAAUUUUAGGCAGAUGAUGAAUCCGUACAGACGCACCAUAAGGCCGCCACUGCUGAAAUGUCGGCCUCUAUUUCGACGUCAUUGGGACUGGAAUCUGACAUCAAUUCCCCUAUCAUGUUGGAGGCUCAGUCAGCGUCGGAAAUUCCACCUACUACCGACGAUGGCGGCGAGGAAACGAAGCCUGCCACGCAUGACACUCUUAGCGAUGUGAUAGAACAGGAACAGUCGUCUGAAAAAUUCGGGCCCAGAAAAAAACUGAAACCAGUGGCGACCACAUCCCACAAGGUUCCUGAUCAGGAUACCAUGCAUGAUGAAACGUUUAAGGCGAUUGAAGACCACGGAGGUGGUCCCGUCUACACGGACGCUAAGGCCAACAAUGAUGGAGCUGCUGAAACUGAGGACCGUAAAUUAGACCAAAAAGCACAGUCUAAGUCUCAUAAGCACAGGCCUCUCACUCCCACCGACGCGGCGUCUUGUAAAGAGGCAUCUAUAACCGGGGCUGAAGCGCAACCAAAAUGUGAACCUCAGAUGGUCCCCUCCGAGGCAGUGGGCGAUGGCGGGACGGAUGGGUGCCAGUCACUCGUGCACUCAAACACAGAGCAAGAGCACACUCCAGAUACCGCUGGAGGUCAGCACAUGAACGAAGGUGGUCUCCAAACUGGAGCCCUCUCGGAGUCGGUAGAGGUCGAUUCUGGAAAAAUCGACGACGGACAGGGAGAAUCCUCCCAGCCAGUCACAGAAACUCACACCAAGUCGCCCCUGAUGCCUGAAGGCGCGUCAGCGGCCAACGAUCAUGUCGGUGACGCAGAAACUCCAUGUGAUAGACCUGUUGUUGUGAGUGAGUCCGCUCCGCCUUGUCCCGAUCCCAACACUUUCGAAUGUUCCGGGGUGGAAAAAUCGGAGGCGGAAAGUCAGCAAAAACAUGUUAAGGACGAUGGUUUGCAGGACGCAAAUAUAGAUCAGAAUGGUGACCACACGAAACGAAAUAAAGGAAAGCAACACCGUGGUACGAACAGCGGCAGUAGAACGAAGGUGGCGCCUCGGAGGGCGAAUUUAAGCGAGCCAGUCGCGGAUGUCCCUGCUGCCUCGGAGCACGAGACUUUUUCGCAGGAGCCCACGACAAUGACAGACACUGUCUCGGUCGCUUUUCCCUCAGGGAUCCCCAAACCUCGUCAAGAAACUGGAAACGCACGUAGACCAGAGGAACCCGAUGAAUCGCACUUAACAUCACCUUGGUUCACGUGA